AUGAACCGCUACGGCGUUGUAUUGGCCGUUGUGGCUGUGAUGGCCGUCGAUGGAUUCUUGUUUCCUCCACCAGCUCCAGCUGCUUGUUGGUGAGUUUUAACGUAAAAUUUUUUUUAAAUUUAAAAUUUAAAAAAGGCUAGCUAAAAUUUUUGCUAGUCCAAAAUUACAGUAUAAACAUUUUUUUUAACUUUGGCUUUAACUUUUCCGUUUCAGCCAAGCCCCACCACCACCAUGUCCACCACCCCCACCACCAUGCUGCGAGGGUGGCGGUGGCGGCGGUGCUUACCAACAACCCGUAUACCAACAAUCGUAUGCCCCACAAUACGCAGCUCCAGUCCAACAAUCUUAUGCUGCUCCAGUUCAACAAUACGCUGCUCCAGCACCGGUUCAACAAUACGUUGCUCCAGCCCCAGUGCAGCAAUACUCCGCUCCAGUCCAGUCGAACUAUGUUCAAGCCCCAGUCCAACAGUCUUAUGAAGCACCAAUUCAGGCCGGCGGCGGCGGUGGAGGUUAUGCUACUGGACCACCAUACGGAAAGAAGUAA